AUGAGGUUCUUGGUUUCGCCGGGUGCCCAGACACUGACUGGCGAGGUUUGGCUUCUAGGAACAGAAUCCGAGGUGUUGAGAGAACGGGCGCUUCACGAAUCGGAACUUCCGCAGAUGUCUUGUAACAGUAGAUUCGGAACUGACCCAGCAAAGACCAAGAUCCUAGUUCUGACCUCCACGGAUAGCUGCAGCGAAACUUAUCCAGCAGUAAUCGAAGGGAAGUGGCUUGAAAUCACCGGUGUAAACUCGACGAAUCUCGGAUCGGUCGAUGGAACACGCGAGACUGUAAUCACCGAAGUGUCGCUACGGCUUGCACGCGAAUUUGCGACAAAGUCCGGAUUCACUUGGAUUCACGGAGGCUACCACGACUCUAAGUACCACUACAGCUUUGCACGUUUCCACCACAGGCCCCAAGUGGCUCCAGUGAACUCAACUCGCCCGAAGAAGCUGGCGGCACCAGAAGGUCACCGUCAGCGCUCGGCUCCACAACGUGGCUUUCCCCGUCUCUCCCUGGCCGUGCGAGAAUCGCUCCUGCUGGGUGGGUAUCGGCGGGUUGAUGCCGAUCUGAAUGAAUCAGGAUAA